UAGCGUAGAAGGACUACAAAGUUAUUAGACGACAGUCGUUUAUGGAAAAGGCCAAUUCUGUUGGUAGUGUGGUACAGUAGUCUGAGGUGCAAGAAAAGUAAAGGUGCUACAAAUAUUAACCGCUGAAGAAGUGGCCACCUACAAGCACCGUCUACUCUAGGGUACACCACCAUACUUUCCUUCUUUAGGGUUUUUAUUUUCACUCCAACGCCAAUCUCUCACUCUUUCCCUUCUCCAUUUUAGACUCUUGCUCCUCACAUCACCCAUGGCAAAACCCUCUUCUGGAACCGUCAAUCCUCACAGCCGCACCGGAGUUCGUAUUGUCGUCGCUGGAGACCAAGGCACCGGAAAAUCUAGCCUCAUCAUCACCGCGGCGGCGGAUAACUUUCCAGUCAAUGUGCCGCCGGUUUUGCCUCCCACACGUUUGCCGGAAGAUCUCUAUCCGGAUCGAGUACCUAUCACCAUCAUCGACACCUCCUCCCGUGCUGAGGAUAGUGAUAAAGUUGCUGAAGAAUUGCAGCGAGCUGACACAGUAGUCCUUACAUAUGCAUGUGAUCGACCUGAGACACUUGAAAAUCUGAGUGCAUUUUGGCUUCCACAUCUUCGCAAAUUAGAGGUGAAAGUUCCAGUUAUAGUAGUUGGUUGUAAGCUUGAUUUAAGGGAUGAAAAUCAGCAGGUGAGCUUAGAACAGGUGAUGUCGCCCAUAAUGCAACAGUUUCGAGAGAUUGAAACUUGUAUUGAGUGUUCAGCAUGUAGGCAUAUUCAGGUCCCCGAAGUUUUCUACUAUGCACAAAAGGCUGUUCUUCAUCCAACAGCUCCAUUAUUUGAUCAAGAGUCGCAAACUCUAAAGCCUAGAUGUGUGCGAGCCUUGAAGCGUAUUUUUAUCCUCUGUGACCAUGACAGAGAUGGUGCCCUUAGUGAUGCUGAGCUGAAUGAUUUUCAGGUUAAAUGUUUCAACGCCCCUUUGCAACCAUCUGAAAUUGUGGGUGUAAAGAAGGUUGUACAAGAAAAAAUGUCUGAAGGGGUGAAUGAUCGUGGGCUUACUUUGACUGGAUUCCUAUUUCUUCAUGCCCUUUUCAUAGAAAAAGGGCGUCUGGAGACAACAUGGACUGUGCUAAGGAAGUUUGGAUAUAAUGAUGAUAUCAAACUUGCUGAUGAUCUAAUUCCACCUGUAAAACGUGCCCCUGAUCAGAGUGUAGAGCUGACAAAUGAAGCGAUUGAAUUUUUAAAGGCAAUUUUUGAUGCAUUUGAUGGUGAUAGGGAUGGGAUGUUACGACCUCGUGAACUUGAAGAAUUGUUUUCUACUGCCCCUGAAAGUCCUUGGACUGGAAUUCCAUAUGAAGAUGCUGCAGAAAAAAAUGCCUUUGGAGGACUAUCACUGGAUGCAUUUUUGUCAGAGUGGGCACUUAUGACACUUCUAAACCCAACUCUUAGUAUGGAGAAUCUGAUUUACAUUGGUUAUCCUGGUGAUCCAUCAUCUACUAUCCGUGUGACUAGGAGGAGGCGUUUGGAUCGGAAGAAGCAACAUUCAGACAGAAACGUUUUGCAGUGCUUUGUUUUUGGGCCUAGGAAGGCUGGGAAAUCUGCAUUAUUGAAUUCUUUUAUUGGAAGGCCAUAUUCCGAAGGUUACAAUCCAACCAAUGAAGAUCGUUAUGGUGUAAAUGUAGUUGAUGUUUCUAUGGAAAACAAAAAAUAUCUUGUGCUGAGAGAGAUACCUGAAGAUGGAGUUAGGAAGCUCCUGUCCAAUAAGGAGUCUUUGGCAUCAUGUGACAUUGCAGUUUUUGUUCAUGACAGGUCUGAUGAAUCCUCCUGGAGAACGUCAUCUGAACUCCUGGUUGAAAUUGCUAGUCAUGGAGAAGAUACCGGCUUUGAGGUGCCCUGCCUGAUAGUUGCAGCUAAAGAUGAUCUGGAUUCAUUUCCAAUGGCUAUCCAGGAGUCAACUAGGGUUAGUCAAGAUAUGGGAGUAGAGGCUCCUAUACCAAUCAGUGUCAAGUUAGGCGAUUUUAAUGGUCUGUUCCGUAAGAUUGUAACCGCUGCUGAGCAUCCUCAUUUAAGCAUUCCUGAAACUGAAGCUGGAAGAAGCCGCAAGCAGUACCACAGGCUUAUUAAUCGAUCUCUAAUGGCUGUUUCAGUUGGAGCUGCAGUGGUCGUAGUUGGGCUUGCAGCCUACAGGGUAUAUUCUGCGAGGAAGAACGCGUCUGGUUGAAGGACAGUCCAUUUACCUUCAUCAAUGCAGCCUGCUCCUGGUUAGAUUUGUCAAGUUCAACAUUCAGUUGGCUUUUUUAUGCCACCUGUUGUAGAGUUUGCUAUUUUAUUUUACUUUUUAUGAAAUCACUAUCUUUAAUUUUUAUUUGCCGAGGUGGAAUUUAGCAUUUUUUCUACAAAUUACGGUAUGCUUCUUUUUUAUUUCUUAGGGGCUUCGUGGUAGUAACGUACACAAUAAUGGAAUAUCCUGUCAGGUCCAGUUAAACACUGGAAACUUCAAAAAAAUGAAAGCAUCCUGUAUUAAGAUUGCAAUUGAGAUCCUUUUA